GGAGGGGACACGGCACAGCACCGGCACGUUAACCAAAACUCUCCUUGAUGAAACGCUGAUAUGGACAUAGACGACCACGUUUUAAGACUAAAAACUGAUUUGUUGAACUCUUCCGGGACUUUACGGGUUCUUGUUGGCGUGACAGGAAGCGUGGCAGCCUUGAAGCUGCCUGUUUUGGUAUCCCAGCUUCUACAGCUCCCUGGGGUGGAUGUACGAGUAGUCACCACAGAGCAUGCCAAACACUUCUACAAUCCUGCAGAGGUCUCAGUCCAAAUCUACAGUGACGAAGAUGAGUGGAGGUUGUGGACACAGAGAUCUGACCCUGUUCUACACAUUGAGCUGAGACGCUGGGCAGACCUACUUGUCAUUGCCCCCCUUGAUGCAAACACUCUUGGAAAGAUUGCUAAUGGCAUUUGUGACAAUCUUUUGACAUGUGUGGUUAGAGCCUGGGAUGUCAGUCGACCUCUCCUCUUCUGCCCCGCUAUGAAUACAGCGAUGUGGCUGCAUCCCAUCACAGACCAGCAGGUCUCCAGACUGAGAGAGUUUGGAUACGUGGAAAUCCCCUGCAUUUCUAAGAAGCUGGUGUGUGGAGAUGAAGGUAAAGGCGCCAUGGCGGAAGUAUCAACGAUUGUCAGUGUUGUCAGACAGUAUCUGCAGAAACCAGAUGAUUCGUCAAAGACAACAUGAGGGUCAAGAUCACAUUGUUCAAUUCUGCUGAUACCAACAUGACAGGUUCUGUUUUGAUGAUUACAUUACAUUUGAUGAUCAGGCCGUCAUUGACUGGCAUCUGUAGUUAGAAGUGUUUUUGUCAAAGUACGGCCCCCUUACUUGUCAUUCUGAGGCUGGUGGACCUAAUAUCUGCACAGCCUCAUCAGCAUGAGUAAUAUCGAGUACCCUCACUUUUGGCUGCCAGCUGUACUGUGCUACAUUUGCCUUUUGUCUUUUUAAUUAUUAUUGAACUAAAUAAAAUUUGCAAGCCUUAAAGAUGAAAGUUGAAAAAUAUUUUCAUUUAA